AAGGAUCACCAACGAAAUGAUGAUCAAAAUACUCUGUACUUUGUGUACUGGAUUCUGUAAUUUUUUUAACCACGUACUGUUAGUCACUAUUCUCGUGAGGCAAACAACUUUUGCAACCUGUUGAGAGAGCAGGAGAAGAACAACUCGAAAGUCAGCGCCAUCGCCUUAACUUAAAUUGAAUCGAUAGUCGUAUCCCAUUGAUUCCCCCAACGCAGCGGCGUUUUGUAUCUCGACAUGCUUGCUAUCAUUCUCGUGACUCUGUUGUCACUCGCGUUUUGCGAUGGACUGUCCAUGAACCACCCGACGAGUCGGCGUGUCUUCCUUGAGGUGUCUCCCGCCUUGAUCGUUUCGCCCGCGGUCGGCUUUGCUGCCCUCCCUCCCGCCUCUCGGGACGUGGAUGUAGGUGGCGGGUACGACCUGCUUUCGGACAGACGCGGUGCCGCGGAGCAAGAUGCCAUUUAUCCAAAAUCGAUGGAAGGAAUCUGGGAUUGCCAACGAAUCGUGGCACGGGUCGAAGGAGACAAAUUCCAGGCGGGUGAAGCCUAUAGGUGCCUCGGAGGCAAUGCGAGCCUGCUUCAGGAGGGGAAAGUCGAAACCUUUCGCACAAGAUAUAUUGCCUCGCCUGUGAUUGAAAGUGAAGGGGUGGUUGUAGACCGUGGGUUUGAAACUUCAUCUCGUGCAAAGUCGAGUGACRUGCAAUGGAGUGUUGAGAAACCCAAUAUCUUGCAACGCGAUAACAAAGUCAAGUUGGUGGUAGUCAAGCGUUCAGUGGAAGUCCCGAGCGAUAAGGGAUUCGGAUUUGAUGAGCUUCUACGAGUUGAAGACGGAACUACUACUCGGGCUGUCCAAGUGAAACGGAGGUACCGUCGAUCAUUUGACGACCAAGGGAACAGAGUCGUCGAAGGUCUUGAGAUCAUGAAAACCUUUCGAGUUCUGGAUGGCAUUGCGGGUACCGAGCUUCCCACGUCGACGGUCAAGUCGCAAAUUAGACUCGUUAGACCUCCUUUAUAAGACAAUGAGCUGAUAACAAGGGAAAAAUUAUUUUAAAUGAAACCGACCAACUCUUUCAUCUAGUUUAGUGGGAAUGGUUAAAAACAGGAAUGACUAAACGAAACCUAGAGUA